UUCUCUCCUUCAUGGCCAUGUGCAAUUGCAAUGAAGGGAGUGGGGAGAGCAGGGGGUCAAAAGCACAGCCCCAGGCAGGGCGGGAGCAGCCCAGACUCUUGCCUGCGCUGCGUGUUGUGUGGGGAGCUCACAAUGCGGUGCUGAGGGGAAGCAAGGCGAGCGAGGAGGAGGGCUGGGGGUCUUGAGGGGAAGAGGAGGCUGAGCUGGGGGUCUCCCUUGGGUCUGUGGGCGCCUGCCUGAGAGGGAUCCCUCAGAAAAGGAGCAGCCGAGGCGAGAAGGAGCUGUGGACGGAUUCCUAGGAUGUGGAGCUUGACUAUGGAAUUCUGUCAGAAACCAUCAGGGAUGGAACCAGGAACUUCACUGCUUCGUGCCAUUUUCUUAUGUGUUGAACCACUAGAAAUUAUGUUUGGAACAUCCAGAGGAGAAAUUUGCAACCCCGCUUGCAAAAGAGACUGUUUGCUCUAGCAUGCAAUGUUUGAUUUUCCUUUACCAGACCUUUAAGGUGCAGAGGAGUUGGCACAGACAUUGCCAUGAAACCUAACUUGAAGCAAUGGAAACAAGUAAUGCUGUUUGGAAUAUUCGCAUGGGGCCUCCUGUUCCUGGUGAUCUUCAUCUAUUUUGCAGAUAGCAACACUGCUGACGCAGUCCCCAGUUCUUUUUCUUACAUUGAGACUAAGAGGCUUUUGCCCAUCCAGGGCAAACAGCGAGCUAUCAUGGGAGCAAUACAUGACCCAUCCUUUUCCGAAACAGGAACUGGAAAUGAGGUGCUGCUCAGCGAUGAUGUCUCAUUUAAAUCAGGGACUGGGAGCAUUAAAAAGUGGACUGACCUAGAGGAUGACUUUGAAAGUGAGGAAGAUUUUUUUCCUUCCCAAUUAAGAAGAAAAUCAAAAAGUGCUUUCUAUCAAAGGGACAGUGAUUAUUUAUUUGCUGCUGGUCAGCCUCGGUCACAGAGCAGUGUGCAGCGAAUAGUGAAAUUAAUCUCUGCAGAGGGGGUGGAUCAGAAGAGGAAUGCUUUGCAGAAUAAUUGGCUCUCUCAAAGAAAGAUAAAGAGAAGACAUGUAAGACACAGAAGAAGCCAAAUGUUUGAAGAGUCUGAUGAAUGGGAUGGAAUAUAUUCUACAAUGUCAAAAUCGUUCCUGUACAGGCUUUGGAAGGGGGAUGUCUCCUCCAAGAUGCUGAAUCCUCGCCUUCAGAAAGCAAUGAAAGAUUACCUGAAUACCAAUAAGCAUGGAGUGAGGUUUAGAGGGAAGCGAAACUCCAAGCUGACUUCUGAACAGCUUUUCUGUGAGCUCAAGGCACGAGUGAACAUCCAAACCAUUGAUGGCAAAGAAGCCCCUUUCUCUGUUCUUGGAUGGGAAAAGCAUGUACCCCGGAUUUCUCUGAGUAAACUAUACCCACAUGGGUUUGGAAGCUGUGCUGUUGUGAUGUCUGCAGGUGCCAUACUGAAUUCUUCUCUUGGAGAUGAAAUAGAUUCCCAUGAUGCAGUUCUGCGAUUCAAUUCAGCUCCAACCCGAGGGUAUGAAAAAGAUGUUGGAAAUAAAACCACCAUGCGUAUUAUUAAUUCUCAGAUUCUUACUAAUCCAAACCAUCAUUUCAUUGACAACUCUUUAUAUAAAGACGUUAUCUUAGUAGCUUGGGAUCCUGCUCCCUAUUCUGCAAAUCUCAAUGUGUGGUAUAAGAAGCCAGACUACAAUUUGUUUACUCCAUAUGUACAGCAUCGCAGAAAGAAUCCAAACCAGCCAUUUUAUAUUCUCCAUCCAAAAUUUAUAUGGCAGCUCUGGGAUAUCAUUCAGGAGAACACAAAGGAAAAGAUACAACCCAACCCUCCUUCUUCAGGUUUUAUUGGAAUCCUUAUCAUGAUGUCAAUGUGCCACGAAGUGCACGUCUAUGAAUACAUUCCUUCAGUCCGACAGACUGAUCUGUGCCACUAUCAUGAACUCUACUACGAUGCAGCAUGUACUUUGGGGGCCUACCACCCACUGCUUUAUGAGAAACUGUUGGUGCAGAGGAUGAACAAAGGCUUCCAGGAUGAUUUGUACCGAAAAGGAAAAGUAAUUUUGCCAGGGUUCAGAACGUUGUCUUGGCUUAUUACCGUAGACUGCUGUGCACACAAAAACUAUGUUUCUAGAGUCCAACAUAAGCAGAUUAAGAUCAUAUGAAAAACCUUGCUGGAUCAGUCCAAAGGCAUUUCCAGUCCUGUUUUCCACAGCAGUAUAUUGAGCCAACCAGCAUUCUCCCACUCAUGCUCUCCAAGCAAGUGGUACUGAGUAUCAUAUUACCUUGUAUAUUGGUGGCAAUCUAGUCAUAGUCAUUUAUUGGGGGCUUAGGACAGUUUUAAAGAAGAGAGCUCAACAGUGGCAUGUUGGCACAUUUUACAAAACAAUGACAAGACAAUAUGUUGCAUUAAAUCAGUCCUCAUCUUCAUGCUCCAACUGAAAGUGGUACCAAUCUCAGGAUCAUGAAAGCAGUGGCAAAAUAAUGACAAUUUAAUUUCUGAUUGAUAAUUCCUGAGGGGACUCAACAACAUAGGAGUCUUGGUAGUCCAAGCACCCUGAUCAUUUAGGGGGGCUCAUCCCCCUUACCUAGUUUUAGUGGGGCUUAAGCUUCCUUUGCCCCACCUAUUGUAAGAUCAGUAGUCACUAUAGUUGGCAUCCACUGGCAAGUGUAUCAUCUGUGAAUCUGUCCAAUCCAAAAUUGGUGGUCACUGAUACUAUAGGGUGCACAACACCAAAUUAAAAUAUAAAUACAAGAUAAAAAUGUGGUAAUAAUUCACAUAUCCUCCAACAUUUC